GGGGGGGGGGUGUUGGGGGGGGGCGCGCGUGUUGAAAAAGAGGAGUGCUGCCAAAGUCUGGGUCAGACCGAGUAUAAGCAGUCAACGAGAGACUUGGACUAGAGUUUAGCCACACGGUCCCCACGCGAAGGACACGAGAGCUGAGCACUGCCAACCCACCUUCCUCCUCUUCUGCACUCAGUCCCUGAACGCACCAGAAGAUCUGUGAGAGACCCCACAGAGAGAGAGAGAGUGAGAUGGAAACUACGACCAUCACCACCACGCAAACUGCGUUCACCUUUGCACUGACGGAAAAGCGCACGAGCAUCAGCCUGCACGCUCCGGCCCAGGACCCGGUCCCGGCCGUCCACCCGCACGGCGGUGGCGGCAACAAGGUGCUGAAGAGACAGCGCUCCAGCUCCCCGGAGCUGCUGCGCUGCAAGCGGCGCCUGAGCUUCAAAGGCCUGGGCUACUCCAUCCCGCAGCAGCAGCCCGUGGCCGUGGCCAGGCGCAACGAGCGGGAGAGGAACCGGGUCAAGCAGGUCAACAUGGGCUUCCAGACGCUGCGUCAGCACGUGCCCAACGGCGCCGCCAACAAGAAGAUGAGCAAAGUGGAGACCCUGAGGUCGGCCGUGGAGUACAUCAGAGCCCUGCAGCAGCUGCUCGACGAGCACGACGCGGUUUCGGCCGCGUUCCAGUGCGGGCUGCCGUCCCCGACGCUCUCCAACAGCUACUCCGCGGACCCGGAGUCCCCUCACUCCGCCUACUCCUCGGAUGAAGGCGGGUACGAGCCUCUGAGCUCAGAGGAACAGGAACUGCUGGACUUCACAACCUGGUUUGACAGGUACUGACGCUGUCAGGACCGUCUGCGCGUAAAAGUGGCUGAUUUCUCUCAGAAAUGCUGACAAACUAAUGACAUCAGACCUGGGGUGGUGGUGGUGGUGGUGGGGGGGUCGCCCCACCUCGCGCUCACAGGUGAUUUGUUAUCUCAGCCCCUGCUUCUGCAGGAGCAAAGCAAUAAUGAGAUAGGGGAGAGAGCGUCUGUGUGAAAGCGCGUAAACAGUGCCCCCCCCUUAAAGUUCCUACUGGAGAGGGGGAGGAGGGGGGGCUCAGACACGCAUGGAAGUGAAGAACUGUUGAUGUUUGAAUAAGUGCAAUUAUUUGGGCAGAGAGGAGGUCCUGCUGGAUUGUGUUGGAUGAGAACUUCAUCAAAUCUGGUUCCUCGUCCGCCUAGAAGAAGAUGCGACUUUUCUCCAUGAUGUAGAUUUCUAACAACACUGUAUCAUAUUCUUUACUUUUUUUUUGUUAACGCAGAGACAUAUUUUUGUACAAUGAGCCAAACGAAAUGUUCCUGAACAAUGUUUACUGCCACUUUCUCCCUGACGGUGUUUUGACUUGAGAAGCAGCUGUCAGCGUGGCGGGGAGCCGAGAGGCCACUACCUGUGACAGACUGCAGUGGGUUUUUGUUGUUGUUUUGUUUUCCUUCUGGGAAAAGUGGAAAAGAGGCAUUUAUUAAUGUAUGCACUUGUUCUGAGUUCACCUUCUGUAGCCAGAAAAUGUAAAUAUAUGAUUUGAACAGAUAUAUUUUGUGUAAAACAAGUUUUAUAAAUAAAAUGGAUCUAUUUAAA